GCUUGUUUUGACAGAGAGAAGCCGAUUAGACAGGAGUUGCGUCGCGUAGUGCAGCUGCGGGUGAGAAGUAGAGUUACCGUGAUAACUGUUUCUUCUUCAUGUUAUGUUGCUGAUACGUAUUUGGUGGUCAUUUACCAGUCGAUGAGUGCACACGGAAAAAUAAAUUUGUAUUUUGUCGUGGUUAAUCAGCUGAACGCUUUCCCAGCAUGACGUGAUUCAUUAUAAAAUAAAUAAAAUCUAGGCUUAGUAUCAUAUCGUUUUAUGUUGCACGCUCAGUGCUAAAUUCCUACCGUGAUAUUUGAAUACACUCUGGCCUCACGGGGACUUAAAUAUGCCAGGCGAAACGACUUUGCAGUCAGAAGAAAUAGUAGCGGACGCUACUGAAAGCAAGGCGCCGGUGGUGAACGGAAGUAAUGUAGAAACGCUGCCCCGGAACACCGGCAAACAGUCGGACCCGAACACUGCGUUCCUGAGGGCGGCCCGCGCCGGUCAACUGGAGAAGGUCCUGGAGUUCCUGGACUCUGGAGUCGACAUCAACACGGCCAACGCAAAUGGGCUGAACGCGCUCCACCUCGCGGCCAAAGAUGGCCACCUGGACAUCGUGACGGAGCUGCUGAAGCGCGGGGCGGCCGUGGACGCGGCCACCAAGAAGGGCAACACCGCCCUGCACAUCGCCUGCCUCGCGGGGCAGGAGGAGGUCGUGAAGCUGCUGGUGAAGAGCGGGGCGGGGGUGAACGUGCAGUCCCAGAACGGCUUCACGCCCCUCUACAUGGCCAGCCAGGAGAACCACGACGGCGUGGUCAAGUUCCUGCUCGGCAAGGGCGCCAACCAGUCUCUGGCCACCGAGGACGGCUUCACGCCGCUGGCGGUCGCCAUGCAGCAAGGCCACGACAAGGUGGUGGUGGUGCUGCUGGAGAACGACACGCGCGGCAAGGUGCGGCUGCCGGCCUUGCACAUCGCGGCCAAGAAGGACGACUGCAAGGCUGCGGCCCUGCUUCUGCAGAAUGAUCACAACCCGGACAUAACAUCAAAGAGUGGCUUCACUCCUCUUCACAUUGCUGCUCACUACGGAAACGAAGCGAUUGCUAAUUUACUCCACCAGAAAGGUGCAGACAUAAACUUCUCGGCCAAGCACAACAUAACUCCCCUCCACGUGGCCUGCAAGUGGGGGAAGAUCAACAUGGUGGCCCUGCUGAUCGAGAAGGGCGCCAACAUCGAGGCGAAGACGCGCGACGGGCUGACCCCCCUCCACUGCGCGGCCCGCUCGGGCCACGACCAGGUGGUCGACAUGCUGCUGGAGAACAAGGCGCCCAUCCGCUCCAAGACCAAGAACGGGCUGGCGCCGCUGCACAUGGCGGCGCAAGGCGACCACGCCGACGCGGCCCGCAUCCUGCUGUACCACAAGGCGCCCGUGGACGACGUGACGGUGGACUACCUGACGGCGCUGCACGUCGCCGCGCACUGCGGCCACGUGCGCGUCGCCAAGCUGCUGCUGGACCGCAAGGCCGACCCCGACGCCCGCGCCCUCAACGGCUUCACCCCGCUGCACAUCGCCUGCAAGAAGAACCGCAUCAAGGUCGUGGAGCUGCUGCUCAAGUACGGGGCGUCCAUCGAGGCUACCACCGAGUCGGGCCUGACGCCGCUCCACGUGGCCAGCUUCAUGGGCUGCAUGAACAUCGUGAUCUACCUGCUGCAGCACGGGGCGAGCCCCGACGUGCCCACGGUGCGGGGGGAGACGCCCCUGCACCUGGCCGCCCGCGCCAACCAGACCGACAUCAUCCGCAUCCUGCUGCGCAACGGGGCGCAGGUGGACGCCAAGGCCAGGGAGGAGCAGACGCCCCUGCACGUGGCCUCACGCCUGGGCAACGUGGACAUCGUGAUGCUGCUGCUGCAGCACGGCGCCGCGGUGGACGCCACCACCAAGGACCUCUACACGCCCCUGCACAUCGCGGCCAAGGAGGGACAGGACGAGGUGGCCUCGGUCCUCCUGGACAACGGAGCCUCGCUGACUGCCACCACCAAGAAGGGCUUCACCCCCCUCCACCUGGCCGCCAAGUACGGCAACCUGAAGGUCGCCAAGCAGCUGCUGCAGAAGGAGGCGCCCGUGGACGCCCAGGGCAAGAACGGCGUGACACCGCUUCAUGUUGCAAGCCACUACGACCACCAGAACGUGGCUUUGCUGCUGCUUGACAAAGGAGCGUCGCCCCACGCCACGGCAAAGAAUGGACACACUCCUCUGCACAUUGCCGCCAAGAAGAACCAGAUGGACAUAGCAACCACUCUGCUGGAGUACGGAGCGAAGGCGAACGCAGAGUCGAAGGCUGGCUUCACGCCGCUGCACCUGUGUGCUCAGGAAGGCCACACCGACAUGGCGUCACUGCUGAUAGAGCACGAAGCUGACCCCAACCACAAGGCCAAGAACGGGCUAACACCCCUCCACUUGUGUGCGCAAGAGGACAAAGUGAAUGUGGCAAAUAUCCUCGUCAAAAACGGGGCUCAAGUGGAUGCUAAAACUAAGGCCGGGUACACCCCGCUGCACGUGGCGUCGCACUUCGGCCAGCUGAACAUGGUGCGCUUCCUGCUGCAACACGGGGCCAGCGUGGACUCCAGCACCAACGUGGGCUACACGCCCUUGCACCAGGCCGCGCAGCAGGGGCACGCCCUCGUCAUCACGCUGCUGCUGGAGAGCAAGGCCAAGCCCGACGCCCUCACCAACCAAGGGCAGACGGCUCUGUCCAUCGCCCAGAAGCUGGGCUACAUCAGCGUGGUGGAGACCUUGAAGGUGGUCACCGAGACCACCAUCACCACCACCACCACCACCAACGUGGAGGAGAAGUACCGCGUGGUGGCGCCAGAGUCCAUGCAGGAGACGUUCAUGUCUGACUCGGAGGACGAGGGAGGUGGUGACGAAAUGUUGGAUAUGACGAUGAAUGCGUACGGCAAACCCACACACGCGCAACACGUGUAUCUUCCGUACUACCAAGGUCAGAUGCAAUACACACGUGAGGACCCAAUGCUGAGCGACCCUCAGCAGUAUCGAUACAUGACUGUGGACGACAUGAAGUCUCUGGGUGAUGAUUCCAUGCAGAUCGAUGUCACUAGGGAUGAAAGAAUUGAAACCAACAGACUUUCAAUGGCCCCGUCCACGGGCACGGGAGACAUCGUGCUGCACCCGUGCCAGGCCCGUGACGUCUACUCCCAGUCCUCGGUCAGCAACCACGCGCCAGACAACGUCGACAUCGCGCGUCAGCCAGUUCACGUUGGCAUUCCUCAUUGGAAAAACUUCCUGGUGAGCUUCCUGGUGGACGCUCGGGGCGGGGCGAUGCGUGGCUGCCGCCACUCCGGGGUGAGGGUGAUCGUGCCGCCGCGCAAGGCGGCCAUGCCCAUGCGCGUCACGUGCCGCUACCUGCGGCGCGACAAGCUGGCCAACCCCCCACCGCUCAUGGAGGGGGAGGCGCUGGCUAGCCGGAUCCUGGAGCUGGGACCCGUCGGGGCCAAGUUCCUGGGGCCUGUGAUCAUUGAAGUUCCUCACUUUGCAUCGCUGCGCGGGAAAGAGCGAGAGAUAGUCGUGCUCCGUUCGGACAACGGGGACUCCUGGAGGGAGCACACACUGGACGCCAGCGAAGAAGCAGUGCAAGAUGUGCUCAAUGACAGCUUCGAAGGAGAAGAGAUGAGCCAGCUGGAGGACCUGCACACCAGCCGCAUCACGCGCAUCCUCACGACGGACUUCCCCCACUACUUCGCGGUGGUGUCGCGCACCAGGCAGGAGGUGCACACCAUCGGGCCGGAGGGCGGCAUGGUGUCCUCCAGCGUGGUACCGCAGGUGCAGGCGGUGUUCCCGCCCGCCGCGCUCACCAAGAAGAUACGCGUCGGCAUCCAGGCCCUGCCCAUCCCGGCGGAGCUGGUGGCCAAGCUGCUGGGCAACCGCGUGGCCGUGUCGCCCAUCGUGACGGUGGAGCCCCGGCGCAGGAAGUUCCACAAGCCCAUCACCCUGACCAUCCCGGUGCCGCAAGCGGCCAACAAGGGCAUGAUCAACCAGUACUCGGGCGACGCCCCCACCUUGAGGCUGCUGUGCAGCAUCACCGGGGGUACCACCAGGGCCCAGUGGGAAGACGUAACAGGAUCUACGCCCUUGACGUUCGUCAAGGAUUGCGUGACCUUCACGACGACAGUGUCCGCCAGGUUCUGGCUCAUGGACUGUCGCAACAUCAGCGAGGCCACCAAGAUGGCGACCGACCUCUACCGUGAAGCCAUUCACCCUCCAUUCAUGGCAAAGUUCGUGAUGUUCGCGAAACGCUUCGACGUGCUGGAGGCGAGGUUGCGAGUGUUCUGCAUGACGGACGACAAGGAGGACAAGACACUGGAGCAUCAGGAGCACUUCACUGAGGUCGCAAAGAGCAGGGAUGUCGAGGUGCUGGAAGGCAAGAUUCAGUUCAUAGAGUUCGCCGGCAACCUGGUCCCCGUCAUGAAGUCCGGGGAGCAGCUUCAGCUGGGCUUCAGGGCUUUCAAGGAGAAUCGACUGCCCUUCACCGUGCGUGUGAAGGACCAGGACGAUGAACCCGUGGGCAGGAUCCUCUUCAUGCGAGAGCCUAAGGUCGCUAAGGGCGAGCCGGCUCAGGCGCCCAUCUGCACUCUGAACGUCGUCCUCCCAGACACCAUCGUCCCAGAGGCGGGGCCGUCUGAGCCGGACUUGUUGGAGCUGGAAAAGAACUACAGCUUCCUGCGAGACGGCAUUGGCCACCCGGACACCAUCCAUCGUGCCGAUAUUCGCUUGUCGGACAUAAGCAACCUGCUGGGUGCCGAUUGGAUUCCUCUGGCGUAUGAGCUCGGUGUCCCAGCAUCUGACAUAAACCUCAUCAAGAAGGAGUAUGUGGAUAGUCCCAACCAACAAGCGAUGGUGAUGCUGAGGUUGUGGCUCCAGUCGUUUGGCAACAAAGCAACAGGCAACAACUUGGAGAAAGGUCUGCGCAAAAUCGGCAGAGACGACAUUGUAAACGAAUGCAUCUUCAACGUAGAGUUGGUGACGGAUGACAUGGAGCGGGCAGUUGCCAAAGUGCACCUUGACCAAUCAGGCUUCGAUAACCUCCGCGAGGAGCUCGGACCAUCGCGCGACGCUACUCUGAGACGCAACGUGAUACUGUCGGAAACCUCUGAGGAACAGGACUUGAUGAAGGAUUCUGAGUCACUUGAAGAUCUUCAUAACGGAUUGAAGUCUCCAGCAAGAUCUGUUUCUAGCCCAAGCGAAGAUAAUAAAGAGAAAUAUGCUGCAGAAGAGAAAAAAUUUGGAAAUACGUUGGAGGAUUUCAUCAAUCACGAGAGACGUCAGGUGGAAGAACAGCCUCCUGAAACAAAUCACAUCUCGUCCAAAGGAGAACAUAAAGGUCCCAAGUCUCCGGUCAGGCAGGAAAUACUGCCGACCGUCACCGAAACGCUGCAACGACUGGAGUCCACUACGCCGAAAGUCGUAUCCACCACCACUAUCCAUUCUCAAGAGUUUUCAUCGCCAGUCAUCUCUACCACACCUCCCCCGAGCCCAGCAGAGGUUCAAGAACUAAUAGGUGAACUAGCAUACCCUCCUGAAGGUACAGAGAUUGACGGAUGGAAAACUACGAGUGUGAUCAGCUCCACUCCUGUGAAGGUGUCGCAGACAAUCGUGCAAGGUCUGUUGGAGAGCGGUAGCGGUGGUCCUUCGGAGCAUGAUGUGUUGGGUGGCACGGCGCCUGGCGACGGUAGUGUAGUUAGUUCGCAUGACAGCCUCGCGGGGGCGCCGCAUGAGCCCCAGCAGCACCCGCACCUCGUCAAGACCAUCCGCAAGUCGUCGAGGGCAGGCCGGCCCGCCGCGAGGCACGCCCCGCUCGACGACAUCCAGUGGGACUUUGGCAGCGACCAAGACGACGGCGACAAGAGCUCGGUGAUCGUCAAGACCACCGUCACGAAAAUAACUCCCGAGGGCCACCGAGAGUACGUCACGGGUGCAGACGUUCCUUCUGAAGCUGUCCGGGUGACAAAAGUCAUAACGAAAACUGUGACCACGAGCGGUGACGUCCCGGACUUGAAAAAACAUUCCUCUCCGGACGAAACAGUUUGGAAGGAUGAUGAAGCUGAAAAAGAGACCGAGAAAGAAUCGGCCGACCUGUUAAAGUUGGCGACCUUGGGGAAGCAACUGUCAUCCGUGUUGCUGAGCGAGGAAAGAAAGUGUUUCACGGAUGCACCGGCGACAGUAAAAGCGGGAGGGAAGCUCGGGUACUCGUACGAAGAGAUUCAGACCCAGAUGGUGAAGAGCCCUGUCUCGGACACGAAGAACCACGGGUCGUCGCUCAUGGUGAACAGCGAUUCGGACAGUGAGAGCCGCGGCUCUCCGCAGCCCAUGUCCAGGAGUCGAUCUUUCAACAACCGCAAGACGCUGGGAAGCUCCAGCGGCUCCGACGUGGCCCUGCAUGAAGGGGCGGAGUUGUCUGAAGAUGAGCAUGCAGGAGCAGAAUAUUUCCAAGACCCUGUGUACAUGGAGACUGUUACCACGCAGUUCGAUCCUGAUACAAACACAAAGGUGACGACGACCACGCGGACCGUCACCGCGACAGAGCCGGGCGGCGACAGCACGGACGACCUGCGGCUGUCCAUGCAGGAGAUAGUCGACCAGUUCAUGGCCGGGGAGCGACAGCAGCACUGAGUCUCCCGGCCCUGCGAGGCCGCUCCCCCCCCUCCUCCCUCCCUACUCCCUCUAACACGCAGAACUCCCGAAGCCUCACCAUGCAAUCGCAUCUGCUCUCCCGAGAGCACCGCCUCAGGUGCGGGUUCAAAACUCUUGGUUUCACCAACCCCUUUCGCUUACUGUUCAUCCGUGUUGCUUGCGCAAAACAUCAUGGGGUGGUGAAAAUUACUGGGGGAUCGAUUUAAUUGUAUCUGUAAACAAAAAAAUAUAUAUAUAUAUAUAUAUUAACGUGCGCUUGCAGCUGUGUGGGGCUUGGUGUUUCCUGGAGGAAAUUAAUCUGUCAGUGUGAUCAUUAAGAAAAAGAUUUGAGUUGUUCUGUUGAAGCUAUUGCUAUGGUUGUUGGCUUUGAAUGUUUAAAAGAGACAGUGUGAUAGACAUGGAAGUACCACGUAUUAAUGCAGCCGAUGAGUUUGUUACGCCAAGGGACCAAUGUGUCCAUUUUAAAUUUUCAUACUAGCAAAGUUAACAUCCACUUAAAUAACAAAAUUCAUAUGCAUUUUUUUCUUACUUACAUGUUCUGCAGAUUUCUUAGUACACAUCUGUGGUAGCUCGUACAUACAGAGAACCCCGUAGAAACAAUAAUAGUAAUUCUCCUGUUGUAAAAAUUUUGAGUAUUUUAUACAGUGUGAGUAAAAGUAUUAGUUUAUCAUAGUGUGCACUCAUAUUAAAUUUUUUGAUUGCUCUUUUAUGCAUUUUACAAAAUUAUUUGUACAGGUAUUUGAAAAUUGUUCAAUAAAAAAUAUUAUCAUGUUAGUCAAAACACUGUCUCAGAAAAAAUAAUGCUGAUGAGUUCUGCUGUUUUAAGUAGAUCUGAUAAUUGAAACGCACAUUAAAACCUUGUUAUUUGUGUAUCAAGCAAGUUUUUCAUGUGAAUUGAUGAAUUUUUAUUUUUAUUUAUUUCAAAACAUUAAUAAAGGCCUCAUAAAAUAAUUUUUUUUUGUGUUUGGGCUGUUGAGGCCAAGUGUAAUAACUAAUAAUCAUAGGGAUUAGAAUGCCAUGCUUAACCUGCUUGCAUGAUCUUUGAAACACUUCAAGCCUUCAAAGGUUCAUAAAACUAAAUAAUGCUUUAGGCAUAGUACAGUGCAUUUUUACUUGUUACAUUUGGUGUCGUUAGUCAGUGUUCUUUCGCGGUGAAUUUUACUUGCACCCUUCGUUUUAGAAAUAGUAUUUUAGGUAUCACUUGGCCGUUUGCUUUUUUAUGCAGUCCUACAAAAAAAAUAUUUGUAUUGUUAUUGAUCAUGUAUAUAUGUACUGUAUAAUUGCAAGAGUGAUUUGUGUCAGUUUAGUGCAUAAUACAUUUCAAUUACUUUCACUCUUGUGAUCAUCUUCAGUUGGUACCUUAAUCUCUAGUGCCUGACAGCAUACAAGAGAAUAUUAUUUGUCUCUUUGUGUUUGGAGAAUCAUCAGUUCUGUUACAAUACGACAGCUGAACCGCCUCUUUCCCAGGUGAGGAACGCUAGUAUUAUUGACACUGUUAAUUGGUAGCUACAAUGUAUCGGCCAUUUAUGCCAACUUUGCUUGGAAGAAGAGAGAGAUAUAAAACUAGAUGUUGUUAUAUUAAUGUACUAUAGCUUCCAGAUGUCAUUCUUGUUUAGUUUAAAAGAGAAUGACUUAUAAAGAUUGUUUCAGAUCAAUAUUUUAAGAGUAGAAAGUUCUAUUUUUCAUGAAGAGAGAUAAAAUGUUCUUUGAACAGAAUAUUAAAAACAGGUCAUUUCAUGACAAAUUGGUCAUAAAAGCUAUGUGUUAGCUUUACAGUGUAAUGUAUAUUGUUUGUAAUUAUAAAUUAGUAAUUACAGUACUAUAUUGAGACCAUCCAAACAGAAUUUUGUAUUAUAUAGAUGCAUUUAUGGUUUCAGUAUAAUUAGUACUGUCUGUGUACAAAGCAUAUCUCUAUUAGGUAUUUAAAAAAUCUAAUUAAUACAUAAUUAUAAUUAGUGUUACUUUUAAAUGUAAAAAGGACUUGGUAUUAUGACAAAUGAGUUUAUUUGGAAUUUGUGUGUGUGUGUUCACUAAUGAAAUCAGGAAUAUAAUAACUCAGAUGUUAAUGACUUAUAAGAAGUAAGGAUUUAUAAAAAAAAUUAAUAAUUGUAAAAACAUAAAUUGGUCUACUUAUGUAGUUUAGUUGUUGAAUUGCACUUUUUUCUCAUAUGUAAUAUACAGUUUUAAACUUAAAUUGACAAGUGAAAGGACAUUUAUAUAAAUGCAAUUAUUGCAUAUUUCUUUGUUAUUUUGGAACAAUUAAGAUUUAAUAAAAACAACAAUUUGUUGUGCAGUGACCUGCUUAUGAGAGGUGUACAUUUUUAGAAGUAAAGACACAUAUUAUUAAUAAUUGUAAUUCAGUUUAUUUGUGGUAGAAUUGUGUGUACAAUGUGAUAAUUUUAUUAUUUUAACUACUUAUAUUGAUUUUAAUGGAUGUAGACUAUCACUUAAUUUCAUUAUAGAUCCAGUAUUUAAAAACACCAAAUGAAAUGUGUUCCUCAUCACAAAAAAAAACAAGCAAACUGUUAUGCUUCUCGCAGUGUGGAACUAUUGCUUUUAAGGACUUUGUAUUAUUGGCUAAAACUGAAGUUGUCUGGUUGCAAUAAAAUUCUAUUCACAGA